CAAUAUUAUUAUAUCUUCAAUCUCCACUUUCACCUUCGGACGGUUCGUUUCUCCUAAAAGACUUCGCCUCGUAAUCUCUCAGUUUGUCCGCCUUCCUCCGGUCCCGACCGCCCGACAUGUUCCGCUGUGGGAUCGCCUACCCUCGCUGCAGGUGGAUCCUGCCCCUGCUGCUGCUGUUCGCCGUCAUUUUCGACAUUAUCGCCGUGGCGGCCCAGUCCGGAUGGGUCGAGGACGAUGGUGCCAAGUCCCACUACGCCAGCAUGUGGGACGAGUGCCGGGGCAGGAACAACAACUGGGACUGCAGGACUCUCAUGGAGCUCCCUUGGGCCCAGGUUGUGGCUGCUCUGAUGAUCAUCGGCCUCAUCAUCCUCAUCCUCUGCUUCAUCCUCUCCAUCGUGGCUCUGUGUCGCGACACCGUCAACAUUGGUCUGCUUAAAGCCACAGGAGGACUGCUGGUUUUUGUUGCGAUCAUCCAGAUCAUCGCUCUCAUCAUCUACCCUGUCAACUUCAACGAGAGGAUCUUCGAGGGCCAGUACUACUACACUUGGGCCUACGGGUUCGGCUGGGGCGCCACCAUCCUCUGCCUCGGCUGCUCCAUCCUCUUCUGCUGUCUGCCACGAUACGAGGAUGAACUGAACGGAAUGGAGAAGAUUAAAUACUUCUACACUUCUUCCUAAAGACAGAGCCCCGCUCACUUCCAGUUAUUUCCACCAUUUUUUUUUUUUUACUCUGUUGGAUCUGAAAUGUUUUUGCCUUGCACCGUUUCACCAAAGAUCUACUGAGUCACACCUCAAACAUGUUUCAGCAAAGGAAAUAUCCCUCCCCUGCCAGCUCUAAUCCACUAAUCUGAUAUUUUUUUUAGAUUAGAUCAGCUUCUUUAAAACAGGUUUUUAUUAUUAGUGACACUAAAUAUUAGAAUGCAGUCUCACCUAAGUGCACUUAACCCUCACAGAUAAGCAAUCUGGACUCUAGAUUUUGCAUAAGAUGCGUAAACGAAUGUUUUAUAUUCUCAUGUUAUUCUCAUGAACUUCCUCAGCAUUCGUGUUGCUUUGUAAGAUUGUUGAGCGUAGACUCGGUUUAACAGCUCUGUUUGCACCUUUUUAUGGAUUUUCUGAAUCUUUUUGCAUCGAGAUUUUUUUUAAAAAUAUUACCAAUGAGGUAUAUCUUUGCAGGAUUUUAGUGAGUAUCGGUGUCGGGAUUUGAUUGAUGACAAAUGAGAAAAGGGUUUUUAUUUCUUCGCUCUGAUGCGUCAAACUUUGCCUUACUCAGAAACGCCCUUAAGUGCUAUUUCGUUCCCCAUGACCUUAUUCCAGUUUAAUAUAUUUUAAUUAUUUCAGGGGGCUACUUUUUCCAGGCAACACACUACUGAAUAUGAGCUGCCUUGUUUAAUGAUGUCAAAUCUGGUUGAAAUGGAACACAAUGUUGUAUUUUCUUUAGUUAUCUGUGUAUUUUUGUGUCAAACCUGGUACUUGUAAAUCUUAAUGUCUCUUAGAUGUUGCUGUUUUGAUGGAAAAACAAAAGACCAAAGUAUUUUUUUUAAAUAUAUAUACACAUAUAUAAUCACUCCACGGUGUGCCUUAACCUAUACUGUGUUGACCUAAUCCGAACUGGACGGUCUUGUUUUUAAUGCGGUCUUCCUCGUGUCACUUCCUGCUCAGACAUGUUUAUUAGAGAUUAAAUAAAGGAGUUCUGAAGAACUGUUAAUGGAGUCACCCAGCUGGGCCCUUUCUCAUGUAAGCUGGUAUUCAUUAAGAAGCGUUUUGUAAUUGGGGAUCAGUUUUCAACACCAGCUGUUUACUGUAUGUCGAUACGUUGCCGUAGUUGAGAGCGAUUUCUUCGGAAAGCGCCCUGCUGGUUUUAUUUUCUACUGCUCUGUGGAAUAGUUUUGGUUGUAAUAUGCAAUAAAGCCCUUUUAUGUUUUGAA